AUGUGCGAUGCAAUAAAUGAAAAGGAUGAGAGAUACAAAUAUGCUUCUGAAUUAAUGGACAAGGAUGGAUGCAAACAAGUGAAUUUGGAAUUGACUCAAUGUCUGAAGCAAUACAAGAAGGAUUGGAGAAUGUGCAAGGUAGAGUCUAUGUGAGUCUAUUGAUAGGAUCAAACUGCAAAUCUAUAGAAGUGUCUCAUUGAGCAAAAGAACCAGAGACCCAAAUGA